AUGAGUCGAGACUGGGAUACAAAGGCCCGUUGCUCCGGUGUGAUAUCUUCGCAUUGAGGAAUUGUCACAGUCGCAGAGUCAGGAAACGUCGGUGAACUCUGAGAAGUACAGCAAGUCAAUCACAAAGGGAAACAGGUAUCCGCAACAGCUUGCAAGUUUCAAGGGGCGCACAUCUCAGCCGGCACAACAGUAAGAGCAGGGAACCAAGUGAGACGCCGAAUAGAAUGGUUCGCGUCGCCGUAGCGGGUGGCACAGGCAACGUCGCCACCGAGAUCCUCCGCGCCCCGAUCGCCUCCGGCACUCACGACAUCACCAUCUUCACCCGCUCACCCCCCACCACCAGCACCCCAGGCGUAUCCUACAAAGUCGUCGACUACACGGACCGCGCCGCUCUCACGGACGCGCUCAAGGGCUUUGAUGUCUGCCUCUCCUUCCUGGUAGUCCACCUCGAUGUCGACUGCGUGGUCCAAAAGAACCUCAUCCACGCAUGCAUCUCCGCCGGCGUGAAGCGCUUUGCACCUUCCGAAUGGGGAAUAAAGAAUGGGAGCGGCGUCCCGCCGUACAAGAACAAAGACAUCAUCGCAAAGUACUUGGCAGAGUUGCGUGAGAAGGGCGAGCUGGGCGGGAUGCAGUAUUGUUUAUUCCAGCCGAGCAUCUUCAUGGACUACUUUGCGCAUCCUCAUCCGCUCAGUCCCAACCUCAUCACCUGGCCUUUCUUCAUCGACUUUGAGAAGAGAAGGGCGAUGGUGCUGGAUGGCGGGGAUCAGCCGCUUGCCGUGACGGCUAUUGCUGACAUCUCUGGGAUGCUGGAUCUCGCGCUUUCCUCCUCUGCGCCUUGGCCCACGAUCGGCGGCAUGCAGGGUGCCCGCACCUCCAUCAACGAGCUCCUCGCGCUGGGCAAGAAGUUAAGGGGCGGCGAUUGGAGCGUUGAACACGUCCGUGGGGAAGACAUCGAGAAUGGCAUCCUCACGACCUCUUGGAUCCCGAUUAUGAGCCAUCCGGUUAUACCGCAAGACGACCGCGAGGCUUUCAGCAAGGAGUUUGUCAUUAUGUUUUUCAAGGGAAUACUGAGAGGGGCAUGGGAUGUGAGUAAGGAGUGGAAUGAAAAGUUCCCAGAGUAUAAGUUUACGGGCUUGGAAGAGUAUCUGGGACGGGCGUGGGAGGGGAAGGAUUGAGUAGCGGAUGAGAGGUCGGGUGUAUGGAGAUAUGCUUUGGGUGAGUGAGAAGUAGGAUCUUGGGGGAAGUUGAUGUGUACAUGGCUGAGUAGUGAGCUUGACGGAAAUGGUUGGAGGGU